CAUAAAAAUAUAAUUCCAAAUAUACAUUUAUUACUAACCAAGGUGCCUAGUGAAACAAAAGACCACAAAUUCAAUAGACAUCUAAACCGUCUAAACUAAUUAGAACCAUAUUUCUGCCAGACACUAUGUCUACCCCUGAUGAUGUAAUUAAUUCUAUAAUGGAAGUCAACCAAUUUCCUAUAUGGAGGGAGUCAAAAGCUUUAGAUAGUUCUGUGGUGGUGCGAAGUCAGGCGACACUUCUCACCGCAGAUACCGAAGAUCCGCGCAGCAGUAUUUGGGAUUCGAUGAUGUAUGAUUAUUACCAAGAAAGAGAAGAAAUUGAAGCAUACAAACAAAGCAAAUCCGCAGAAAAGACGGAUUACGACACUCCAAAAGGUUCGGUUGUUGAUUACAUGGAAAAUAAUGUAUUUUCAGUUCUUUUUCCUGUAGUAACAAAUGUACUACUGGAAGCUGUGCGCACAGAUAGCUUGUCGAAACUUCAAACAAUUUUCGACCCUUUGGAUUUGAUUGCGGAAAAAUUGUGGAACAAUAAUCCCAAAUAUCCAGAACGGCUUAAAGAAAAUUUGAGCAUUCAUGAUAUGCCGUGGGCGAAACAAAUAUUAAAGGAUAAUCCACGACCAUAUUUCAAAAGAUCAUGGAUUUACACACCAGAAGAAGCUGCAACUACCCUACAAGCUUAUUAUAGAGGUUAUUUAGUGAGAAAACGUGAUGACGUUCAAGAAAUGCGUCAGUUCUGGUUAAUUAUCAAAGGCAACUUUAGAAGUACCCAUGAUAUAAUACCAAUGGCCCAUACAGCCUAUUUGGAAACAGGCCAAUUUCUUCCAUAAUUCAAAAGUUUCUAUUUGAUUAUUCUAACUUAUGAUUAACCCAUAUAAUAAUUACUGUACCUUAACAUAUUUAUAUAACUCUGGUACAAAUU